AAGUACAAAUAAAAUCCCUAAAAAUCUAUGAGCCUAAUAAAUUGUCCUGGUCAUUCAAGAGUCAUCUUUCUCCAUCUAUUUCCUUUGAAGCGCAGUCAACGUUCUCCCUUGAAGUAGCUACUGAGUUACAAGUUCUAACAACUCGAGUGAUACACUUGGCUGCACUUUUAUCGCCUGAAAAUUCUCAAUUGUUGCCUCUUCCAAACCGAAUGGCUCGUGAGGUAAAAGACCUAUGGAACAGAUGGGUGAAGGACCGCGGAGAUGUUGUGCUAACUCUUCAACGGGUGAACGAGACGCAAAAAUACAAGGUGCAUUUGAAGCAGUUUAUACGGGGUGAUGGGACUAGAGAAACCUUCUUGAGUGAUGGGUGGAGUGAGUUUGUGAACUCAAACAACUUACAAAUCCAAGACAAAAUUCUGUUUUCUAUGUAUGACAUGGGGGAAGUGUCAUAUCGGGUAAGGAUAUGGCGUAAUCACAACGAAAUAACAAGGGGGGAGCCCCAUGCACUUCUUGAACCAUUGCGCUUCUUCAAAUUCAUGUUCCUUCACAGCUACAUUUUCAAACCCACAAUUAAUAUUCCAUUGCCUUUCGCCCGAGAACAUUUUAUGGGUCUUAAAAAGUUCUCCACUGUUAACUUAUAUGGGACUAGGGUGUAUGAAGCAACAAUGCACAUAAAGUAUGAUCGGAACAAGAUUGUCUCUUGCAAUAUAAAGAGAGGACUACGUAAAUUUAUUCGUGGUGAGAAUGUCCAAGUGAAUGAGAAAGCUGUCGUGGAGUUGAUAGCUAUGGAUCCCCCUUUUUUCAGCCUCAUAUUUACCUGAAUGGUUGAUAUCGUUCUGUAACUAUACUCUAACCGGACUUGUUUACGGCUCGUUUUACAUGAAUGGUCUAUAUCAUUGUGUAAUUAUACUCUAAGUGGACAUGUUUAUGGCUUCAUUUUGUACUUAGUCAUUCAGGUGGUAAAACUAAAAUGCAUGUAGCUAAUAUUUUGCUUUCUGUCCAAACAUGUGACUUUUAUGGUUUAAAACUUGGCAGGUAAUAUUUUGCUUCCUGCUCAAAUUACUUGAAAUGUGGCUUAUAACUUGC